AUGCACUCAUUCCUCCUCUGGCUGUGUGCAGCCACUCUGGCUCUCGCUAGCUGGUCUCGAGGUGCUAGAGCUCAAAAUAUAGCGCAACAGGAUGUUGUGCACAGUUUCUUCAAUGCACAGAGCGACUUAGUCUCCUCACAUACCAAUAACUGGGCUGUGCUUGUCUGUGCUUCACGGUAUUGGUUCAACUACAGGCAUAUGGCGAAUACGCUUGGCAUGUAUCGAACAGUGAAGCGUCUGGGAAUACCCGACUCGAAUAUCAUUCUCAUGCUGGCAGACGACGUCUCGUGCAAUGCUCGGAACAAAUUCCCGGGCUGCGUCUACUCUAAUGCAGGACGAACGCUGGACCUCUAUGGGGAUAACAUCGAAGUAGACUAUCGUGGUUACGAAGUUACAGUUGAGAAUCUCCUUCGGGUGCUGACCGGACGCAUGGACCCCUCUGUGCCUCGCUCGAAACGUCUCCUUACCGAUGACAGAUCCAACAUCUUUGUCUACAUGACUGGUCAUGGUGGAAACGAAUUCCUCAAGUUCCAGGACAACGACUCGCGGACGUUACGGCUGCGGUUGGAGCUUUGGAAAACGUUAAAACGAACGAACAGACCCAGACGUCCUUUGUGUUCUCAUAACUUAUACUGUACCCCUGUCGGCAAUAUGUGGCCCCCAUCCAGCGGCUUUCACAUGCACCGCGGCGGUAGUAUCCCUGCCUCGCAGAGUGGAAGUGUAACGGAAUUUAACGGGUACGAUAGUGGAUAUACAUGAAGUCUACUGCUUGCUAGUCCGUAUAACCCACGCUAUAAGGCUCCCGGCGAGAGCUACCGAAGCCCACGCGCGUGCGGCGACAGAGAACGGUCCUCGGUCAGCCUCCGCGUAGCUGUUGAAGAUCGCGGCCGUGUCAAGGGUUCUCGUGGGCGCAACUCGAUGUUCACCAGACGAAUCAUUCGUACGGUACAUCUCGACAGGGUCCGCCAGCCUCGCGGACAUGUUUGGCGCAGAUGGUCGUAUGUCUAGUGGCUUUGACAUGUUCGAAGUAACCUCAUCAGAAGGGACGAGUAGCGAAGGGAGAAUUUCUGCCUGUGCAACGCCUCCAAAAAAGUCUGUCACGAGUGUUUGGCGAAGUGGCCUCCGGAAGAGAUCUGAGCGGACACCUGGAUGGGAGUGUAUCUUCUCGAAACUGUAGGUAUCGAACUGAGGUUUUUGGAAAGGUU